UCACAGUUGCUAGAAAGUCUGUUAGGUCCCAUAGCGAACAGAUUUAACGGGCGGCCACCCUGCGCACCAUUGGUUCAAUGUCGAUCAAUCGAUGCACUGCCAUAUUCGAGGAGGUUAGCAGCGGUGCCGAUUUGUCGUCACCAUUCCAUGUUAGCGAGUGGUGAGAUGGAUCUAGGCAGACCAGAUCGAUCCCAUUGUGAUGAAUAUAUGUUCGGUGCUAUACCGGACGAUGACGAAAACUCAGAUGACGGAGCCGCCGAUGAGAUUGAUGCUAUUAAUGACGAGACAUUCGGAGAUGAUGUACACGUGCCACUGGACAGUGAAUUAGAGGACUAUGCAGCUCAGACGGCAUGCCUUCGGCUCGACGAUGGAGUACCAUGGGACACUCCUGGUUGUUCUAAAGCACCUGCGCCUGAUGCUUCUAAUGUUCCUCUACCGGACUUUGAUGCAUUUGGAAGACCCUCGUUUUCUAGCUUUGGAAGUGAAACAAUGGCGAAGUUGGAUUCGUUAUGGAGUCAGAGAUCGCACAAUUUGUACGACCUCUGGGAGGAACAGAAGAACAGUUCUCGAACUGUGAAUCCUAAUCAGUCAUCUUUUGUUCAGAACGAGCCUCCGACAGAACAGCCCAAAGCUGCUAGCGGGUUUUCGCUUAUGGGGGGUAUUUCUCAAAUGCUUGACAAUGCUUCGCGAUCAAAUGCAUACGCACAACAACGUUCUCCUGUCUUACCUGCUAUGCCACGUGGUUCAACAUUAGAAGAUUUGGAACGAGGGCACUUGCAACGACUGUCGCAAGCAGGCAAAGCUCCAAAUGCGAACGUCGUAUUGCCCCCUGUUGCUGUAAACGCAACUGAUCUUGAACGACGGUUUAUCGAAGAAGCCGCAGGAGUACCACCACCACCGACUCAAGUAUUACCACCCUGUAGCCCUUCUCAAUUUCCUCCUCCUCCUUUGCCAUCAACGCACAAUCAGAUGCCUCCCAGAAUGGCACCCAAUGCGCUCCCUACUUUUGGCGGAGUUCCACCAAUGCCGAUGCCGCCUCUUUUACCUCCUCUCCAUCCUAUGAUGAUUCCUUUCGUGCCAUUCUGGCUCGACAAUCUCGCUGGACGUUUGCCAUGUCUUCCCCCGGGUUGCCCACCAGUUCCUCCUCUUCUACGGAUGUUCUUCGAUACUGUAAAGGACCCUAUGAUCGUUAUGGACAUGAUAAGAGCAUCUAACGCAGGAAUGGUGCCUCCUCCGUUACCAGUGCCGCCGCAAACAUUUGAUAGACGCUCCCAGUGGCAACGAAAAGCUCCAGGGAUGCCAUCUGGUCGUACCAUAGAAGAUCUUGCAUUCGACCAGUUUGCGGGCUAUAUGUCAUGUAAAGAAAGAGAGUGGCUUGUAAAAAUCCAAAUUCUGCAGUGUCAAGGAACUGGUAACCCCUAUGAGGACGAUUACUAUUACACGAGCUGGCGAGAAAAACAAAUCGCCAAGGGCUGGAAACCGAGUGGCACUACUGCACAAGAUCCAUCUUUAGAAAAAACCAAGGCAAGAUUCCGCAUAUACAUCCUAAGUGAAAAUGAGCGGAGACUUAGACGCCUCAAUGGCUCACGAAGUCACCUCGAGUCACCUCGUGAACCAAAGGAAAUAGUGCCAUUAAAUGUCAAAUUUGCUGGUUCUCUUGGCUUACCAUCCAAAUCUUCCACUAGUAAUCCAAGACAUCUUAUCAGUGUUGAGCACAGUCUCGACAAUGCCGACGAGGAUGCUUCACAGCGAGCAGGGAAACAAAGAAAGUUACGGACUCUUCUUCUUCGUCUUGAAUCAGCUUUGGCUCUGCUUUUAGAAUGUCAAGACUUGCGUCUUCGAAUGCGGAAUUGUGCUCAAAGCAGUGAGUCAGCACUAUCGGAAAUUUCACAUCGUAUCGAUGUCAUAUUUCAAGAUCUUAUGACAGAGGAUCUUGUCAAGAUUUUGCAGAUCGGAAAAGGGCGUUCCGUGGUCGCACGAACGCUCGGCGUCGGAACAGCUAGAGAUGUUGCUCGCGUCGUUUUGUCGUUGUUUUCGGUUAUGGGUUUGUGUCCUAAGAAAUGCUUAGAAGAAAUUAACUGUGAAGUAGUUCCUCAUAUGUUUGCGGGACUGAUAGAGCUGAGCAGGGAACAACUUAUGACUUUGUCAUCUGCUGUGAACAUUGAUUCGCUCAAAGAAAAUAUGCUAAAUAAAAAUGUGUUUUGUCGGGAUGCCUUCAUCACGCUCUUGUACGCAUGUGCCAAGCGGAAGGCUAUUUCACAGGGUGUCGUCCGAUGGUUAAGCGGUCCACCCGAUGGCAUUGACUUUACCGAUGGCUGGUCCUCUUCGUUGUCCAUGUGGCGAGAUCAGAUACCUGGCUUGCAGGACUCCGAUGUUCAAAUGUUUUCUGAAUGGUUGCUUCUUCUUUGUAACAAUACCCACCAUAAUUCACUUGCCAAAGUACUUGCUAAAGCAUUGCUUACGUGUAGAUAA